AUGGUGUCGUCCUUGACUGGAGAAGACACGCUUUGCAACUCUGGCUCUUUCUCCUGUUCCUGGGCUGGCACAGUAGUCUCUUUUACUUCCUCCUUCUUGACCUCCUUCAUAGUCUCGACCUUGGCAGUAGAUUCGCCCGACAUCAAUGGCGAGUUUGGAGUCGUCGUCGUGGACGAAAUGGAGAAGAUAUCGAUCGCGUUGGAAAGUGAGUCCAAUGCAGCACUUCUGCGUUUCUCGGAAUCCUUCAUUGGCUCGGCAGCCUCCUCUUUUUCGGCCGCAUCCUUCAGUGUAGUGAGAACACCACUGGCACUAGCCAUAUCAACAAUAGGCUCAGUAGGUUGA